UGUGUGUGUGUGUUGAUUAUUAGAGAUGAAGUGUGUUUGCCUCCUGUGGGGCUGUCUGCUCUUCUCGACCGGCAGCGUGGUCCCGGUGUGCGUGGGCGAGAUGUUCACGUCGCUGCUCAACGUGCGGCAGGCGAUCAGCGUGGAGAGGAAGCUGAUCGACGAGCUGAAGACUUACAUCGAUCACGAGUGGGAUAGGCUGGAGGACAUCAAGAGGUUUUAUUCCAAGGUGUCACACCUGCACAGUGACACCUACAGAGGCUCGCCAAACGCCAUGGCCAACCCACUGGUAGCGUUCACCCUCAUCAAGCGUCUGCAUUCCGAGUGGCUCAAUUUGGUUUACAGCCAUGAAGCCUCAGAGAACGCACAAGCCCUCAGGUCCAGUUACGAGGAAGAAGAGGCCAACUUGCCCAAACUGGAGGACCUGCGGGGGGCCGCCAGGGCCCUGAUGAGGUUGCAGGAUGUGUAUGCGCUCCACGUGGCCAGCCUGGCGAGUGGUCGCUUCCGGAGAGUGGCGGACGGAAAACUGGUGGACGUUUACAAACCGGCUGUGUCCGUGUCGCUGUCUGGUGAUGACUGCUUCCUGGUCGGAAAGGUGGCAUACGAGCAGGAGGACUACUACCACUCGGUUCCAUGGCUGGAGGAGUCGGUGCAGCUCUUCAGGGGCCCGGGAGGAGAGUGGAGCCCUGAGAACGAGGGCACGCUGGAGGACGCCCUGGACCACCUGGCUUUCUCUCACUUUAAAACGGGGAACAUCUCCCACGCUCUCAGUCUGUCUCAGGAGUUGCUGCAUCAUGACCCGAUGAAUGGAAGGGUCUUGGAAAACGUUGAGAAAUACGAGCGGUUACUGAUAGCAAGGCCGCCCGCGUCGCUCCGUGACCGAGGCCUGACGAGACCCACGUCCAAAUAUUUAAGAACCAGGGACUCUUACGAGAGACUGUGCCAGACCCGAAGCUCUCAGCAGAACCACAGACUGUUCUGCGACUACUUCACCAACGGGAGCCCGGCGCUGACGCUGAUGCCUGUAAGACGGGAAGUGCUGAGCCUGCGGCCGUACGUGGUCAGGUACCACGACUUCAUCACAGACGCGGAGUCUGACGACAUCAAGACCCUCGCCAAGCAGGGAUUGAGAAGAUCCGUUGUGGCAGCUGGAGAAAAACAAGCCACGGCAGACUAUCGCAUCAGCAAGAGCGCCUGGCUGAAGGACACAGCACACUCCAUGGUUGGCAAGCUGGACCGCAGGAUCUCAGCGCUCACGGGUCUCAACGUGACACACCCGUUUGGCGAGCACCUCCAAGUGGUGAAUUAUGGCAUCGGCGGCCAUUAUGAACCUCACUUUGACCACGCCACGUCGCCCUCAAGUCCUGUGUUUCGGCUGAAUACUGGCAACCGGGUGGCCACCUUCAUGAUUUAUCUCAGCUCUGUCGAGGCUGGUGGAGCCACAGCGUUCAUCUACGCCGACUUCAGUGUACCUGUCAUGAAGAACUCCGCCAUCUUCUGGUGGAAUCUGCACAGAAGCGGAGCAGGAGACGACGACACCCUGCAUGCCGGCUGCCCUGUGCUUAUUGGCGACAAAUGGGUGGCAAACAAAUGGAUCCAUGAGCAUGGCCAAGAGUUCCGACACGCCUGCAGCCUGAAUCCUGAGGAGUGAGGUGGGCGGAGUGUAUUCCUUUUGGAGUCAACCGAGCGAGGCACACGUGCAGGCAUCAAGCAGCCUUCAAGCAACUCGAGUGGAUCGCACAAACCAGAGCGAAAAGUAACAGAGGCGUUUAUUGCGACGAGCCUCCAGAGGCCAAAAGAUGUACUGGCCAGGUCCUGCACACAAGAUUGAGAACACUGCUGGAUUUACUUUACGGUCUCAAGAUCCAAACAUGCUUGCUUGGAUGAAAAGAUUUCGGAGUCUACAGUGACAAACACAACAUGUCAAGCUAUGUUUGGAUGCUGACAGCCUAAUUACCUCCUCCAAUUACACAAUUAGUGCACUUCCAUACUUCCAUUCCGAGUGUACACUGUUGCACCUAACAAACAUGCCCUGAAUGGUUUGUGUACAGCAAUGGACCCUAACUACCCUCAAUCAUCGCCAUCUUCAUACAUAGCUAACUUUAGUGGUUGCAAUUCCCAAAUAAAAAAGAGAGCGACCGAGAAAGCGCACAAAUGCAGCAGUACCUCAACUUACGAGCUUACUUGGUUCUGUGACGGAGCUCUUCACUCAAAACACUUGUAUCUCAAAUCAACGUCGUCAAUUAAUUUGGUGCUUGGCCAUCCUAUCCAUCCAUCCAUUUUCUACCGCUUAUUCCCUUCGGAGUUGCGGGGGGAGCUGGAGCCUAUCUCAGCUACAAUCGGGCGGAAGGCGGGGUACACCCUGGACAAGUUGCCACCUCAUCGCAGGGCCGCUUGGCCAUCCUAAAACAGCACAAUUUUAACAUGUAACAUGCGUUUUAUGAAGAAAAAGAAACUUUUAGAUAUGAAAUGUACAAACAACUACAACAGUUUUAUCAGUUAAUAAUUACGUAUAUCCAAUCCAAUCCCCUCUAUCUGUAUAGCACUAUUAACAACAGAACUGUUUCCAGAGUGCUGCACAUAAAAAGAAACAAUACAAAGUAAUUGCAUUAAAAUAGUUGAAAAUAAAACAAGUAAAAAAACAAAUCAAUAAAAUAGAAUGCAACAAUAAGAGACAAAUCAAUAAAAUAAAACAAUAAAAGACACAGAGGACCACUAGACUCAUUUAAAUUUAAAAGCCAGAGAGUAAAAGUGGGUUUUAAAAGGGAAUUGCACUUUUUUUGGAAUUUUGCCUAUCGUUCACAAUCAUUAUGAAAGACAAGAAGACAAAAGGUUUAUUCCUUCACAUUCUAACAUGUAAAAAUCGUCUCGUUUUAGGUACCUAGCAAUGCAGCUACUGGGUGCAAUCAAUUCUACCUUUAAAUCACUUUAAAAAUGCAUUAAAAAACCGUCAACAAUACUUCAUUUAUGUUCCGUAACCUGUAUAUUAACCAAACUGUAGUAACAUUGUUAUUGUAAGAGCGAACACUGAGGAACUCUUUCUUUCUAUCGUACUAACACAUCGGCGUGCUACGGUAUUACCCGUAAAAGCUAACUAAGGCAAGAGAUAAGCUAACUUCUACAUUAGCACAGAACGCGUUUGAGUUAGUAAUGCAGAACACAAUGCGAUAAGACACCAAUCCUUACUGACUGAAAAACAUGAACAAUCAUAUUACAGUAUCUGUAAAGUAUUAGCCCACAUUUCAUGUUUUGUAGUUAGCCAGAUAGCAUAUGCUGUCUGUAAUGAUACACACAUGACGUGCUGCGUGUAUCAUGAUUAAUAUAAAGUGUGACUCACUGGAUGGGCAAUUGUCUCUUUGGUCCAGCUGGUCGGGGGCGUUUUUUCAAACUUUUUUGGAGUAAGCACGCCAUUUAUGACGAAAAAGCUUGUCUCCAAAUUCCACAUUUGCAGCUUCGAUUCACUUUCACCUCACUCUCUCGGCUUUCGUCUGCUCCAACGCUUCACCCUCCUCUUUGUGCCGGCUUCUAUAAGCAGUAGUUCAUCCUCCAUAAAUUCAGAUUCAAAAAGAUAAAGUUGUGAAUCCUCAUUUGUCCAAAAAUAGUCCUCUUCGUUGUUUGUUACCAAGUCUGCCAUGAUAAGAAGACAAGCAAGUGUUUUGUAUCUGGAAGUAGGAACACGCUCAAAGUCGGAAGUGCGCUGCUAUGGAAACGGAAUCAAUGCGCCAAAAUAUAGUAAAUAUUGUACAUAAUACAUAUUGUUAUGAACAUGUCUGUUACUACAUUAUAUAUAGACUUGCUGUGUGUAUAUAAAACGGUGAUGGAGGGUUUUGAAGUUGUCUUAGAGGGCUUUGAAGGCUACAACGGUGACUGCCAUUAGUUGCAUCUUUCAAGCGUUUUUUAUCAUCGUUAAAAUCCUAAUUUAAAAAAAGACGUGUUCUUGUCUCUCAUAUUGAUUGUGAACGAUAGGAAAAAUUCCCCAAAAAGUGCAGUUCCCCUAUAAGAUGAGACUUAAAACAUUCAACAGUGAGGGCCUUGAGGGGGCAGAACAUUCCAUAGUUUAGGGCCCACAACAGAGAAGACCCUGUCUCUCUGUUUUAGCCUCGUUUUAGGCCCCACAAGUUGGAACUGGCCCCUGGGCCUCAAAGCGCGAGCUGAGCCAUACAUUUGGAUGAGGUCCGUGGUGUACUUUGAGGCCAGUCCAAUCAAAACUUUAAAAAACAAAUAGUAAAAAAAUGUUUAUCAAUUCUAAAACGAACAAGAUGCUAAUGCAGGUGAUGUGCUCCCUUUUUUUGUGCCGCAAAAAAUGUUUUUUUUAAAUUGUGCCGCACAGUCCUGGACUAACUGUAACUGACUUAUAUUUUAAUGAGAGUAGACUUAUACGGCUUAUACGGUAUCUCCUUCCAGCUGCUUCUCUGUCAAACACACCAUCAGCACCUUCUCCGUAGUUUCAUGGAUAAAUGCCCGCUGUUAAGAUAUCAUUUAAACAUCCUUGUCUGGCAUUAGACUCAUUCUCCUUCAGUACUUAGCAGUGAUGCACUUGUACUGCUUUGUCAAGUGGACUACUAAAGCUGACAUGUUUCUGAUGAUUUUGUUCUUUAACUCAAUGAAUAUCAUCCGCUUCUUCUCAGCACUGUCCGUGAUGCUCACUUCUUCCACGUCUUCCCCGUGGUUGGAAAAAGAAAAAGAAAGUUACGUCGAUCUCUAUCUAUAAGCUAACGCUAACGAGUAAGACCAGACAUUUUAGGGCGGAUCUUACAGGGUUCACUGUUGCAUUCACAACGCUACCCAAUGGCGGAGAUGCUUGUAAGUCACAGUGGGCCCCAUUCAGCAACCGUUCUUAAGAACAAAUUUUGUUCUUAGGCCCACUUACGAAGUUUUUAAGGAGAUUUUGUAUUAACCAAUGUUUUCUGAGCUGGGAUUUGUUCGUAGGUAAGAACAAAAUCUAUGAGUGCUCCAGAGCACCCUUAGGGUGGCCUAUUUGUUCUUAAGUGUGACAAAUUCCCUUAAUUAAUGUUAAAUUAAUUUCAUAGAUAAACACACACACACACACAACGGCAAUGCUUUUGCUGCUACUGAAGGAUGCCGCAGAUCGUGCCCUGGUGAGGGAGCGCAUAUUUGAUGGCCAUGUAGACCUAUUUGCCCCAAGUGACGAAUAUUUAUUUGAACGCUGCAGUCCCCUCUUUCUUAAACUUACGUUUUGACAUUAUGUACUAUUUCCCCCGCGGGAUAAUACGAAUUUCUCUUCUGUAAUCUGUUUGUGUUUUCUCCGUGUGUUUGAUGUUCGGCUUUUCCGCCGGAAUUGUGCCCUCAUAUGGGGAAUUAAGGGCGUUUACCUAUGCAAAUUACAGAAUUAAGGGCGUUUACAUAUGCAUAUUGGGGAAAUAAGGGCGUGUUUUUAUGCAAAUUAUGAUAGACACGCACGCGCUAACCAUUUGGCAUUCAGCAACUUAAGAACAGCAGGUGGGAACUAUUUGGUCGUUUAAGAACAUGUCAUGAAUUUGAAUGGACUCCUCUUAGGAAAUCACUUAGGAAGAAAGAUAAGAGCAAAAGUUAGGAACUUAUUGCUGAAUGGGGCCCAGUAUUGUUUGCAACUUAAAGCAUAGCAAUUAGCCAAGAGACAGCUCUUAUCUCAAACCACUCUUAGUCGAGGUACCACUGUAUUUGCGACAGAGUGCAAAGUGACUCAUUUGGGAAAGAACUACGGUGUCAGGAACAAAGUACGCAGUAUGCACAUUUAAGUGUAAGUCUGGAAGUGUGUGAUUUGGAGCACAGUGCAUUACACUUCUCAUUGCUGCCACCUGCAGGACUGGAGUGGAACGCCAACGCUAAGUUAGCAUGUCAUUUUCUUUCCAAUCAAACAAGUGACAGGAUAUUUGUUUGCCUUUUUGUGUGUUGGUUAUUUAUUUUGUCAGUUAGUAACUGUGUUAAAAUGUGAGCCACAGAAAGCCACAAACAUGGGGAUUAUAAAUAAAACCUUAGGUAAAUAUAUUUAUCUAUUUAACAAUUAUGCCUAAUAAACUUACAUAGAAUAGAACCCAAAGCUGUGAUUCAAAUGAAGAAAUUACCGGUUGUUUAUUUUCAGGCACUGUUUUAAUGGCGGUUUUCUUCAAGCCUGAACUCACACAACAUGCUCUGUCCGCAGAUGUCUUCUCCAAACUGCAGUGAGGGGCCCCAGACUAUGUAGUUGGAAAUCACUGUUUGUCUCCAAGGCACAGAGGGGCCUUUGAGUGUAUACAUGUGUGUUUUCGAUGCGCCAUGCUGCUUCAAUGACAGGACUGUGAGAGUGAAAAACGAAGGCGGGCGCUCCUCUUGCCCAUAGCAAAAUAAUGUGACAGUUCGGAGCUUAUAAUGGCAAACAUAUUACAUCCGUAUGGAAUUCUCAGAAACAAUGGGGAUGCUUUGGCCGCAUCUGUUUCUGUUUUUAAUUGCAAUGAAUUAUUUAUUCAUUGCUCAGAAAAUAUUAUUACAUCAAAAACUAUGUAUUUAUGUAAAUUAUAAACAAUUAUCAUAUCACUAAAUUUGCCAUAUAUUCUAAUGCUAUUUAAUUAAUAAUACUGUAAUAAUUCUACACAUUAAAAAAUGAUUGGCAUUUUGGAGGAAAAAAAGUACCUAAAGUAACCUUAUGUGUCUUUUUGCAUUUAAUUUUAAUUUUUUUUCAAGUUUUAUGUUCAUCGAAUUAUUAGGUAAUGGCAAUAAUUAUUAGACACUCAAUAGUGAUAGUAUAAAAAAAAAGUACACGAGUAGUAUUAAUACAAAUAAUAAUAAUAUAUUUUAUUCAUAGCUUGCUUUCAAAACUCAAAGACGCUUUACAGGUAGGUUAAAAAAAAAUCAGAAUGUAUACAUUAGCAAAAAUAACAGUAAACAAUAAAAAAAUAGACUGUAUAUCAUAGGGUCCUUACAAAAAAAAAGUUUUGUUUUGCCUUGUUAUUAUCAAAAGUGCUGUUUUGUGUCUUUGUUUUCUUCUCUUCGUCUAUUAUUGUUAGUAUUUUUUUGUUGUGUUUUGUUUUGUUUUGUACAUCACUUUGUGCUUGCACUUGUAUGUGCAUGAAAAGUGCUAUGUAAAUAAAGUUGGAUUUGAUUUGAUUUGAAAAUGGUCAACAAAAACAAUCCUGUGA